AACCUGAACGUGGCCUUGGACGAAUGCAUGACCGCCCUCGACCUCUUUCUCACCAACCAGUUCUCCGAGGCGCUCACCUACCUGCAGCCCAAGACCAAGGAGAGCAUGUACCACUGCCUGACCUAUGCCACCAUCUUAGAAAUGCAAGCCAUGAUGACCUUUGACCCCCGGGACAUCCUGAACGCCUGCAACAUGAUGAAGGAGGCCCAGAUGCUGUGCCAGAAGCACCGAAAGAAAUUAUCUGUAGCAGGCUCCUUCAGCAACCUCAUGCACCGUCCUACCCUGGACCAGUUCACAGAAGAAGAAAUUCAUGCUGAAGUUUGCUAUGCUGAGUGUCUCCUGCAGAGAGCUGCUCUGACCUUCUUGCAGGAUGAGAACAUGGUGAGCUUCAUCAAAGGAGGCAUCCGAGUGCGCAACAGCUACCAGACAUACAAGGAGCUGGACAGCCUGGUGCAGUCCUCCAACUACUCAAAGGGAGAGAACCACAGCCACUUUGAAGGAGGGGUGAAGCUUGGUGUGGGUGCCUUCAACUUGACACUGUCCAUGCUUCCUGCCAGGAUCCUGCGGCUGCUGGAGUUUGUGGGCUUCUCUGGAAACAAGGACUACGGGCUGCUGCAGCUGGAGGAGGGAGCGUCGGUGCACAGCUUCCGGGCCGUGCUGUGUACCAUGCUGCUGCUCUGUUAUCACACCUUCCUCAGCUUCGUCCUUGGCACCGGGAACGUCGACAUCGGAGAGGCCGAGAAGCUCCUCCAGCCCUACCUGAAACGUUACCCCAAAGGAGCCAUUUUCCUCUUCUUUGCCGGCCGGAUCGAAGCCAUCAAGGGCCACAUUGACGCAGCCAUCCAGCGCUUCGAGGAGUGCUGUGAGGCCCAGCAGCACUGGAAGCAGUUCCAUCACAUGUGCUACUGGGAGCUGAUGUGGUGUUUCACCUACAAAUGCCAAUGGAAGAUGGCCUACUUCUACGCCGACCUCCUCAGCAAAGAGAACUCCUGGUCCAAGGCCACCUACAUCUACAUGAAAGCCGCCUACCUCAGCAUGUUUGGAGAGGACGACUGCAAGCCUUUCGGAGAUGAUGAGGUGGAGUUGUUUCGAGCCGUGCCAGGCCUGAAGCUUAAGAUUGCUGGCAAGUCGCUACCCACUGAAAAGUUUGCCAUCCGGAAGUCUCGGCGGUACCUCAACCCGAGCCCCACCCCACUGCCUGUGCCGGCCCUGGAGAUGAUGUACAUCUGGAAUGGCUACGCGGUGAUCGGGAAGGAGCAGCAGCUGACCGAGGGCAUGCUGGAGAUCCUGGUCAAGGCCCAGGAGACCCUGGAGAAGUCACCAGCCAACGAGUUCUCUGUGGACGACCUGUGUGUGGUGAAGCUGCUCCAGGGUCUGUGUCUGAAGCACCUAGGCCAGGUCAAGGAGGCCGAGGAGAACUUCCGCUUCAUCCAUGCCAAUGAGAAGAAGAUUAAGUAUGACCAUUACCUGAUCCCCAAUGCCCUGCUGGAGAUCUCCCUGCUGUGCCUGGAGCAGGGCAGGACGGAGGAAGCCCUCAAAUGCCUGGAGAUGGCCAAACAAAACUACAAGAAUUAUUCCAUGGAGUCCAGGACGCACUUCCGGAUCCAAGCAGCCAUGCUGCAGGCCAAGGCAGCCCCCGAGAAUGGGGGCAGCCCCGAAGUGUCCGGGGUGCUCCCAGGGCUGACCAGAAGGCAGGAAGACAAAACAUUUCAGGACAAUCAACCCCGGCCUCCCGACCUCCUGGACUAA